GACCCAUGAGUCGUCGUCGUUGCAUCCUUCCUAUCCUAUCCUGCAUGUGCUCCUAUCUUAUCUCCACGUGAUCAUAUAUUAUUUUUCGGUCUUAUCGGCGGCGACUUCUUUCUCCGGGCCACGACCGACGGCACCACCCGCCGUCGGCUUAUUACUAACCUACUGUAAAGAAGGAAGUUACAGGUCGUACUUUGCUUCAUCACCACUUGCAAAGAAGUUUCGAGCAGGUUGAAUUAGAGACUUUAUACCCGCGCGACCGUCUCUCUUCACUAUGUCUGCUGUCCAGGUCCUCAAGGGCGAUGCGCCAGCCCAGGCGCGAUCAUUGUUCCGCCAAUUGCUCCGCCAAGGAGAGCAGUUCGCCGCAUAUAACUUCAGAGAAUACGCUACCCGGAGGACGCGCGAUGCGUUCCGCGAGCACAAGGACGAGAAGGAUCCGAGGCGCCAGCAGGAGUUGAUACAGGAGGGGUUGAAGGAGCUGCAGAUGCUGAAGAGGCAAGCUACUGUGAGCCAGUUUUUCCAGAUUGACAGGUUGGUUGUGGAGGGUGGCAAGUCGGGCAAGCAAAAGGGCAAGAAGGGUGAUCUUGUGAGGCAAAACGAGACUGGAUGGAACUGAUUUUGGGCUGCAAAAGCGUAUGGGCGUUGUGAACUGCGUCUGUGAGGGAUAUGAGAGGCUGGGCGAUUCGCACAAGGGAACCUUGUAAAUAUAUUGUACUAUAAAUGAUCGUGGAUGGCAUGGAUCGUUUGGAAGCAGUGCAUAGAGUCGCAGCAAUACAUAUCACCUCCACUACCACAUUCACUACCACAUUACAUGCUACCAUCAACCAUGA